AUCUCAAUUGUCAAUCCCUUCAGGCUUCGCCGACCACAAAACGUCAUACCUAACGCCUUUCCUCUUCCUCCUUGACCUUGACCUUGACUAGCUGCUUGUAGCCUCGUAGGUAUACCAUUGGUAUCUCGCAUGCACAAGAAUAGCUAUUGCUCGUAGGCUGUACACAGUACUCCGUAGUAGCUCCCCAUAGCUGGUUACCUACACCGUACACCUAUCUCUGUAGACCCAAUUCAUCUCCGUCCCGCCAACUCUUCCUCCCCCCCUCCCCCAUUAUUGAUCUACAGUUCCGCCCUGUCCUGCCAAUCUCAGCAGCCACACAAUAAUAACCUCCAACACAUUCACCUCAACACCUACCACACUACACACGCCCACCUACACACACAUCACAAUAAUGCUUGCCACACGUCUCUCCGCGGCACGUCCGCUCGCUUGCGGCCUCCGCCGUAUGGCUGCUGCUGCUCCCGCCAGUGGCUUCCAUAGCUCUCCCCGUGCCUUCGUCCAGGUGGGAGACAAGAUCCCCAGUGUCGAGCUCCAAGAGGGAUCUCCCGGCAACAAGGUCAACAUUGCCAAUGAAUUGAAGGGCAAGGGCCUCAUCAUUGGUAUGUCUCACCCUUCUCUCGGCCACCAAGAGUAAAUCCUUCGCCUACUGCGGCCCUCUCCGCUGCCCUCAAUGAGGGAUGUAGCUGGAGCUGUCCUCUUCGAUCACGAUCUCAAUCACAUGACAAUCCCUCACAUCCGCUUGCAGGCGUCCCCGCCGCCUACAGUCCCGCAUGCUCCGAGUCACACAUCCCCGGCUACAUCAAUUCGAGCAAGCUCAAAGACGCCGGUAAGGUCUUUGUUGUCUCGGUCAACGAUGCAUUUGUGUAAGUUCCGGUCGAUUCCUCCCCAUCAUCGUCUCUAUGUUUCGUUUAUGCAUGCGAGCAAAAGAAGCCACUAUUGAUCUAUUCACAUUGGGACGAGAACCCAUCUGCACGAUAAUUUACUAUAUUGUAUGAUGUUUUGAUCGUACUCGAAUUAGUGCAUGUUGUAGCCAAUCUCGUCCGUUCUCUCUUACUCCUCUCUUCUCAUUCGUACAAUUUUGCAUUUCCUAAUAUGGAAAUUUCUAUUCAUCGAUUGAUCAAUUGCUCUGCA